GUGCGCGAGCUGACGUGUCUGAGGAAGCCGGAAGUAGCGGCUGAGGAGGCUCGGCUCGGUUUCGUGCUUUGGCGCGGGGGAGGGUACCCUCUUCCCUUUAAUUAAAAACCGCCCCCCGUAUCCGUUGUCUCUGUCUCCCUCACCCCCCCACCCUCCUACACCCCACCCGCCUUCCCUUCGCCAUGACUGGCGCGCAGCUGCUGUUGGCCGUCGCGCUCCUGGUGGCUAAUUCGCCCUCCGGCCCGGCCUUCUACCUGCCCGGCCUGGCGCCCGUCAACUUCUGCGACGACCCGGACAAAUCCGACUGCAAGGUCCGUAGCGGGGGGUUGGGGGGGUUGGGAAGGGCGGUUGAGUCCGGAGAGCGAGGCCUCAAAUGCCGGAGGGGUGUGUGGCAGAGUACGAGUAAUGUCGGUUAGUGGGGUGUGUGUGUGUGUGUGUGUGUGUGUGUGUCAUGUCAUGUCAUAAUAGCCCCCCCACAUACAUACAUACAUACAUACUAACUAGCUGUGCAGUGACAGGACCCCCCCCCCUUUCAGAUCGAAAGUCUUUCCUGCCUGCUUAGGCUUUCUUGCGUUUGGGAUGGAGGAGUGGAUUGGCUGGCAGAAAGUCUUCCAGAAUGCCCUGAACUGCAUCUUUUAAUCUCGGCUUUUGUCAGUGUCCACAUACCCACCAACAUUUGUCCAAUGAAAAUAGGGACAUCCUAUUUCAUAUCCUACCAACAUGUCUCCCAGGGAAAUAAAGGUAAAGGGACCCCUGACCAUUAGGUCCAGUCGUGACCGACUCUGGGGUUGCGGCGCUCAUCUCGCUUUAUUGGCCGAGGGAGCUGGCGUACAGCUUCCGGGUCAUGUGGCCAGCAUGUAGGGACAUCCUAUUCCAUAUCCUCCAACAUUUCUCUUAUGAAAAUAGAGACAUCCUGUUCCAUACCCUCCACCAUUUCUCCCAGGAAAAUAGGGGCAUCCUAUUCCCUAUCCUCCAGCGUUUAUCCCAGGAAAAUAGGGACAUCUUAUUCCAUACCCGCCCAACAUUUUUUCCAGGAAAAUACAGAUGUCCUAAGGAAAAGUGAGACAUUCCAGGAUCAAAUAAGAAACCAGGACAGUAAAUCCGGGACUGUCCCUAAAAAAUAGGGACACUUGUAGGGGUCUGCGCCCAGGCAUGUGUAAGUGCCAACAAGCUGGUCAGGCUUAGUGGCCCGCUGCGGCUUGCUCAUUGCCUUAGACCUUUACGUGUUAGGAUGCAGCAGCUCCUACGAUGAGCGCUUGGAAGUUGAAGUUGGAGAAAUGAAACUAAAAUAAGGCUCUAAAGCUGACCUCUAUGUAGCUGAGAAAGCAGAAAUCCCAACCUUCUGGGGCUGUCCAGGGAGAGCAGGAUGGCCUUUCCCACAAGGAGGAUCUUCAUGAACCUUGCCUGCCCCAUCAGAUGGGAGGAGCCAUCCCACUCUCAAGAAUGCUCUGCAGGAACCUGGUUGGAAUGGACCCCAUAGUUCUUUUAGUUCAACUUCCUGCUAUACAGGAAUCUCAACUAGAUCAUACAGGACAUGUGGCCAUCCAACCUCCCUUUCUCUCUCUCUCUCUUUGUGUGUGUGUGUGUGUAAAAUGCACUUUCUUCCACUUCUGUGGUGGGAUUGGCAGCAGCCUAACUUGUCUUAUGCUUCUCUUUGGGAUUCCUUCAGACCCCUCCUUUUCUUCCUUUCUUUUUUACUGUUAGUGCUGCUUUGUAAGGAAGCCAUGUUUCAUUGAAUAGUUGUGUAGGGGUACGUGAUUGGGUAGGCCAGUGUUAGGUAACUUAUUAUGUUCUAGUGACUCAGGGUCUUUUAGAGGAAUAUUUUAUUUUAUUAAUGAGUUGCCUAAAGAGAUUGCCAACAAAGGUCCGUAUAGUUAAAGCUAUGGUUUUCCCAGUAGUGAUGUAUGGAAGUGAGAGCUGGACCAUAAAGAAGGCUGAUCGCCGAAGAAUUGAUGCUUUUGAAUUAUGGUGCUGGAGGAGACUCUUAAGAGUCCCAUGGACUUCAAGAAGAUCAAACGCAUCCAUUCUUAAGGAAAUCACCUUCAGUGUACAUAGAGCUUGGAAGAGUUAAACAACAGCAAGGGGCUGCUUCUUCGGCAAGGGGAAAACAAUACUGCCACCUGUAACCUAAAGCAGAGCACUCCAUUUAUCACCUGAGGAUUUUACCAUCUCAUUGUGAUGCAUGCAUUGAUCAUGCCAUAGUCUGUGCAUAUGGAGUGUUAUGAGGAAGUUUUUAAUGUUUGUAGAAAGUUAAAACAACAAUAAUCUCAAUGUGAUGAAUACUAUGUUUGGACAACUUGAUUAACCCAUUCAUGCCUCCUUAAAGUUCCUGAUUCUGUGAAGGGCAGACUACAGUAUGGGCAAGAAUAGGGUUUCUCUCCAGUAUGGAUACAUUGAAGGCACUGCAGUGAACCUAGGCAUGUAAAGGUGCUACCACAUUGUUCUCAGGAGAAAAGAUGUUCUCCAUGUGUCUGAUGAUGCCUUUUCAACCUGGUCUAUUGGCUAAAGGCCAUACUACGUUCUUUUCAUUUGUAUGUCUUUUCCUUCCAAUGGAUCACUUUGUGUUUGGAAAUCAAGUUAAGAUUCCUGAAACCUUUGCUGCAUAUUGGGCAGAGUUAGCAAAGAGUAUAAAGUGUAAAAAUUCAAUUAAGAAGAAGAAGAAGUAUAAAACAGCAUAAGUUGUGGGGAAAGAGAUGUAAGAGUAGCAAAGCGAAUGAAUGUUGCAAGUGCACUUAAAUACUGUAUGUUGUUGUUGUUAUAUACUGCUUAAUUGCCAAAGUGAUUUACAAGUAUAAAACAUCUGGGGGAUGUUCCACUGCUUUAUUUUUCACAGAAAAUGUUCUAUUUCAUAAGUACAUCAUGAAAUAAGAAUAAUAACAACAGGACAACUGAAAAAAAAAAUAGUUUUGUUGCAGAUCAGAUUUAUUCAUAAAGUCAAAUACCAUUGUAAAAAGUCAAAUACCAUUGUAAAAUACAACUGGAGUACCAGACCCCAAACAUCAUGGAUAUUUACAUACAUAAUGUAAUAUAAUUGAAAAAGAUAUAGUGCUUUACAUCCAUUUCAAACUCACUCUGAGAUCAUCUGAACCCUUAUCUUGAUCACCAAACUUUAAAAAGGGCUACAGUUCUUAUAACAUACUCACCUUUUUCCUUCAUAUGGAGUUAUAACAUACUCACCUUUUCCCUUCAUAUGGAGUUCUGACAUCAGUACCAGAUUGAUGCUUUAAAUAUGGGAGGAUCAGAUGCUUCCUAGCUCUGUUGUGUUUGCAGUGAAACAGAACAUGACAAAUAAAUUUCUGACAACCCUCAUUGCAAUGGUGUACUCUUUCUUCUAAUUAAGUUCAGUUAAAUCUACUUUCCAUUAAUGCUCCUGGCAGAGAAUUGCAUCACACCAGCAUAAAAGCUCUUUGAGCUUUAGGAAGGUUAAGAGGGCUGAAAAUACUUUUAUCUCUAAUAACAUUUCCAGUUAUCCAAACCCAAAUAUAUUGGGGAACAAGUUUGACAGAAAAGGCCAUCAGCUCCUUAAUUCUAUGCACACCUUAGUUUCCUAAUGAAAAGUAGUGGGGAUAUCCACAAAAAAUCCCAAAAGAUGUAUUUAAUGCAGAUUCCACCCCAGAAGCUCAUGAAAGAAUCUCUGACUAUCAAACCAUCAACUACGUAAAUUUCCUGAAAUGGAUAUGAAGCCAAUAAUUGCAAACAGUGUUCUAUGCAACUGCUUGGAGGAACCUAAAACCCACCUCAAUAUGCUCUCCUUAUACAUUUAGGAGUUCCAAAAAUUAUUUUCAAAAAAUUCCCUUGUGCCUUCUCUCUAGAGUGCCAUCAAUGUUCUCUGCCCAAAAAACAACUCCAAACAAUUGCUGGGCUGCAAUCUUGACCCUAUAGAGACCAGAGCUUGCUUAAUUAAUUAAUUAAUUAACUGCCCUAUACCCGCAGGUCUCAGCUUUCCAAACUGUGUUGCGGCACGUUAGCGUGUCAACUGCAGUGUAUAGGUGUGUCAUGCAAACACUCCCUGCGCUCCUCCCGGGGCUGGAAAGGGGUUAGUUUAAUCUCUAGUUUCUUUGUAAAACUGAAUUACUGUGCCAUGAAAUGAUGCAUGUCUAAAAAGUUUGUCACCAACAUGAAAAGUUUGGAAAGCUCUGCUAUAGACCUGGAAGAUGGCUGGAACAAACUGUCCACCUUUAGAAAUGAAAGCCAGAGAGGUAAGAGAUUCCACUGCUAUAGCCUGCUUUAUGUGGGUCUUCCAUAGCAAUGGAAAACAAAAAAAGAACACCAAGUACCAAAAGGCUCUUAAUUGCUCCAACAAAUAGUCACCCAUAUACCACUUAGAAAUCAAUCCCCUUCUAGAAAACCAACAACAGCAAGAUCUUAGUUCUAUCACAACCAUCUUUUCACUGUUUCUCUAUGAAGAAAAUUGCUUUAAAGCCCUUCUAAAACUUUUGUUAAAGAUAGCAAUAGAGCAUCAUCUGCUUACAGUAAUAUACUAAUGGAGGUGGUUUCCAAUUUGAGGGCGUGCAUCUCAAGUGAAUUGAACUUGAAUCAUACGAGGACAGAUCAAGCAGAAAGGGAGCCAAAGUACAUAUCUGACUCUCCUCCCUUGAUGCAACAAUAUUGUUGAGAGCUGACCUCUUGUACUAUAGCUGGCUUGUAGGGAUGUCUCACAGUAAAACACCUAAUCAGAAAUAAUAGGCUUUUGUCUGCUGAAGACUCCUCCAGUUUUUUCCAUAAAUGAUCAUGUUGGAUCAAAUGUAUCUGUAAUGGGUUUAGGGGCUGCUCGUGCGUAAGUUGCCGCCACUCCUGGCUAGGUUAGCUGGUUAACCCUUUCUGACUGAACAGCCUCCAGCAUCGUGACUGUCUCAGUCGCUGGCAGAAUCCGUCAGUGGGCGUUUCUUAAACUUCUUCCAGCACAAAAGUUCCUUGACGCCAAGUCUCCUCCUACUCUCGCUGCGCGGAAGUCUUCUGCGCAGGGAGGGUGUGGGCAGUGGAGUACCCGUACUCUCUCCGCUGGUCUCCGGCGAGGAGUCUUGGAGCCUCCUCCCCGAUUCCCCCAUCUGCCCCCCUUCUCUACUGGUGUUACGCUGAUUUCCUUCCCCAGCAGACGGGCUCCCUCUCUCCCUACUGGGACCCUCUCCGCCAUCCCUUUGGAGCCUUCCCUCCGCUUCCAGCUCCGAUGGCAGUUCCCUGACAGUAUCCCUAUCGUGUUUUAUGACUUCCUUGAUAUUGUAUGUGGGCUGGAACUGGUCUGUGACCGAAAUAAUAAAAUUCAUUCAUCAUGUUGGACUAAGUCAACAAAAGCUGUAUAAAGUUCAGCCCUGAGUGUCUUAAAAUAUUCCUCUGCCAAAUGAGAUAAAACAAGGUAGUAAUCCAAAAGAGAGUAUCCUCUAAAAAUAAUCUGUUUCAAACCUGGAAAAAAUUCUAAUUCAUUUCCUCUGGGAAAACACAAUGCUGGAUGCAGUUUCGUGGAGAGAGGCGUUGGCUUCAUGCUAUUUUUCUAAGUUUGUGGAGGUCCGUGAUGCGGGUUUCCCAGAAAAUUUUGAAUGGGAAAACCUUUCUACACAAAUUAGGGCAAUUUGCCUUGAAACGUUGGUGUCCUAGAGAAUAAGCUGAUUUGGCAUGUUUAGUUUCCUGAAUAAAUCUUUAAAUUGCCACGCUUUCCUAAUACAUUUGCUAUUGGCAUCCUUUCACCUUUUGAAAUGGCAAGUUUUCAAUGGAAGCUUUAGCCUAGAGCUAGUAUAGCAAAGUGGAAGGAAGACCUGCCCCCUACCACCAUGUUUUGCCCUGCCAUGUGCCAUCAGGACUUGGGGUAUGGUGGUUGAUCAGCCUCUCUGCUCCUCCUGGCCCCAAGUCAGGAUUGUAAGUGUAACUUAUAUCAUUUUUUCUAUUGGAAAGACUGUUUUUCACUAUUUGCCAUUUUCAUUUCCGAUAUAGUUUUCCUACAGUGUAUUUGUAUUACAAAUUCUUUUAAUUAAAAAAUUCAUAAAUACUCUGUUUCCCUCAUUGACUUUCUGUCACUUUAAGUAGUUUAGAUGCAUGUAGUCUUCUGUUUAUUAAAUCUGUCCUAUCUCAAUUCUUUUUUACUACUUUUAUUGUUUGAUUGAGCAACUAUGCAGAUGGCAACUAUGCAGAGACCUUAUAUACAGUGGUUUUAAAUCAAAACAACUAUUCUUUAUAGCUACUUGUAGAAGUCACACAGGCAAGCUUGAUUACAUAAUGCUAAUUGCAUAAUGUAAUUCAUCUUUUGUAAGGAAGGGCAGAGCAUACACAUUUAGAAUAAUGGUCAAAAUACUCUAUAAUUGCAGUGUGUAUAGCUUUGAUGACUGAUACAUUAAGUAUAUAUCUUAAUACAGUAUAACACUACAGUACUAACGAAUUUAAGGUUUUAUUACAAUGACGUGUAUACAUGUUGUUAAAUUUAUAAAUAAUGUCUCGUUGUGUUUUUGCAGCCUGUGAUAGAGCUAUUUGUGAAUAGACUAGACUCUGUGGAAUCAGUCCUUCCAUAUGAAUAUACUGCGUAAGUAUAUGAAAUAUUAUUCUUUGAUUUAGGAUAGGAUAGAUUUUGUAGACAAGGUUAUGAUUGUCCAAGCUGCAGUGUCAGUGUUACUUGGUCUUUGGUUUAGUUGCUUUGUACCAAGAUUUAGCUUGCUAAAUCCUGCUCCUGAUAUUUGCCAAGAGGAUAGGAUUCUCUUGCUCUGUUUUAGAAGUUGGUUUUUCCAUUCAAUUAUAUAUUAUAUAUUUUAAACAAAAAACUUGGGAAGAAUUUUGAACUAAUGGUUUUUGCUGGCUAUAGAAGUUUCAAAACGUAGAAUCCCAAAUUUUGCAAUUUGCACUAAUAAGCCAAUCUAACAUUUUUGGAUCCCUGUAAAGAAUGAAAGUUUUUAGUCAAUCAUCUUUAAAUGGCAUGCACAAAUAACUUAAUUAGAUGUUACUUUGGGGGUGCUUAAUAUAGACCAGUACUGUUGAACUCCAACUUUCAUCUGUUGCAGAAAGCACGGCCAAUGAUCAGGAAUGAAGGGAGUUGUAACAAGCAAAUAAUUUGUGUGGAGCAUUAUCUCAAAUAUAUUGCUCAGUGAUUCAGACAUAAGCACACUUGGUUGAAAGUCAACUUAGUGAACAUGAUUGUCAACAGGGAAGUGUGUUCAAAUAAGGCAACUUAAAUAAGAUUCAAGAGUUUCCUGUGAAAUUCAUUAAAUUGUCCUGAAUUUUAUAUAGGUAUGCAUUUUAGAUAUAGAAUAUAAGACAGACUUCAAGUUUUGCUGAAUUUGAUUUUAGGUUUGAUUUUUGCGAAGCAUCUGAAGGGAAACGUCCAUCUGAAAAUCUUGGUCAGGUGUUGUUUGGAGAACGGAUUGAGCCCUCGCCAUAUAAGGUAUUUUAAUUGUUUUAAAAAUCAAAGAAUUUGCAGAAUCUAAGCAGUGAAUCCCAGUUGUUGGCAUGUUUUGAUUUGUACAAAUGGACUGAAGGUUUUAAAAACUUUAUUAGGCUUUUGGUUAAGCCUGCCCUAGCACAUGACAUUCUUGAGGAAAUAUUAGGAUCAGGAGAGGACUCACUGGUGUUGCUCCCCCUGUUUUACCUUUUCUUCACAGGGGUCCGAGCCCUAAGUGGGUAAAUUAGACCAUUUACAUUUUCCCACACUGCACUUCCUGCAACAUCAGCAUUACAUUGUGGGUAUUGUUGAGUCUUGCUGCACAGGCCCUUUGCUGCUGAGCUGCCUACUGGACAGUUUGCCUGGCAACAAGGAGACAGCCUGCUUCAACUCUGACAGGAGCACCACCCCACACUGCUUGACUUAUGAUUAAUAAUAAUAAUAAUACCACACUCAUCUGGCUGGGUUUCCCCAGCCACUCUGGGCGGCUCCCAACAGAACACUAAAAACAUGAUAAAACAUCAAACAUUAAAAUCUUCCAUAAACAGGGCUGCCUUCAGAUGUCUUCUAAAAGUCAGUUGUUUAUUUCUUUGACAUCUGAUGGGAGGGCGUUCCACAGGGCAGGUGCCACUACUGAGAAGGCCCUCUGCCUGGUUCCCUGUAACCUUACUUCUCACAGUGAGGGAACCACCAGAAGGUCCUCUGUGCUGGACCUCAGUGUCCGGGCUGAAUGAUGGGGGUGGAGACACUCCUUCAGGUAUACAGGGCCAAGGCCGUUUAGGGCUUUAAAGGUCAACACCAACACUUUGAAUUGAGCUCGGAAACGUAUUGGGAGCCAGUGUAGGUCUUUCAGGACUGGUGUUAUGUGGUCUUGGCGGUCACUCCCAGUCACCAGUCUAGCUACUGCAUUCUGGAUUAGUUGUAGUUUCCAGGCCACCUUCAAAGGUAGCCCCACAUAGAGCACAUUGCAGUAGUCCAAGUGGGAGAUAACUAGAGCAUGCACCACUCUGGUGAGACAGUCUGCGGGUAGGUAGGGUCUCAGCCUGCGUACCAGAUGGAGCUGGUAGAUACCUCCCCUGGACACAGAACUGACCUGCGCCUCCAUGGAUAACUGUGAGUCUAAAAUGACUCCCAGGCUGCGCACCUGCUCCUUCAGGGGCACAGUUGUCCCACUCAGGACCAGGGAGUCCCUUACACCCGCCUGCCCCCUGUCCCCCCAAAACAGCACUUCUGUCUUGUCAGGAUUCAGCCUCAGUCUGUUGGCCACCAUCCAUCCUCCAGCUGCUUCCAGACACUCACACAGGACCUUUACCAAUUCUGAUUUAAAAGAGAGGUAGAGCUGGGUGUCUUCUGCGUGCUGAUGAAUACUCAGCCCAAACCCCCGAUGAUCUCUCCGAGCAGCUUCAUAUGGAUAUUAAAAGACAUGGGGGAGAAGAUGGAACCCCAAGGUCCCCCACAAGUGAGAGCCCAGGGGUCUGAACACUCAUCCCCCAACACCACUUUCUGGACACGGCCCAGAAGGAAGGAGCGGAACUAGUGUAUAAUAGUGCUCCCAGCUCCUCUAGACGGUCCAGAAGGAUGUCAUGGUUGACGGUAUCAUAGACCGCUGAGAGAUCCAGCAGAACUAGGAAACAGCUUUCACCUUUGUCCCUAGCCCGCCAGAGAUCAUCGACCAGUGCGACCAAGGCAGUUUCAGUCCCAUGAUGAGGUCUAGAUCCUGAUUGGAAGGGAUCCAAAUGGUCUGCAUCCUCCAGGCGUGCUUGGAGUUGUUCAGCAACCACCCUCUCAAUCUCCCACUAAAUGGAAGAUUUGAGACUGGGCAAUAUCGCAGGUGUUGCAUUAUGCAAAAUAAUAUCUGGGCUGGUGAGUCCAGUUGCAUAGCUCUGGCAGUGCUGACAAGAGUGACGCUCGCUCCCCCAGCCCCCGCCUACCAUCUGGUUGGGCUUCAGAAGCUUGGUCAGCUUAGCCGUCUUAGAAACAUGUCUAGCUAUGCUCCUCAUAGGCAUGCCCUAUGUCUGGCCAGACCUCCCUAGAAGCACACAGCCUUAGUCUGUUCCUAGGCUAUUCAAGGGAAGGGCCCCAAGCUAUAGAAGAAAAGGGCUUGCCUGGAUAAUAUAUUCCUACCUUAGAAACAGUUGUGCUGCAUUGGAAUUGCGGACAUGUUGGCUGCCAGUUGAUGAAAUUAGGAAUGUGGGUUUUUUUUUUAAAAAAACCAAACAAACUGGGAACAUCUCACCUUGGUAUCCUAUAUUUUUCAUUUGCCCCAAAACACAUUCAUUCAUUUGCACCAAAUGUAAUGCUUUGUUUGCAGCUACAGUAUUGCUAGAAUAUAAACUAAGAUGAGUCCUGCUUCUUUGUACCCUCAUCUUACUAUAUAGUUUUCAAUUACAUCAUGCAACCAUAUGAAAAAGGUAAAGGGACCCCUGACCAUUAGGUCCAGUUGUGGACUCAUCUCGCUUUAUUGGCUGAGGGAGCUGGCGUACAGCUUCCGGGUCAUGUGGCCAGCAUGACUAAGCCGCUUCUGGCAAACCAGAGCAGCGCACAGAAACGCCAUUUACCUUCCUGCCGGAGCGGUACCUAUUUAUCUACUUGCACUUUGACGUGCUUUUGAACUGCUAGGUUGGCAGGAGCAGGGACUGAGAAACGGGAGCUCACCCCGUCGCAGGGAUUUGAACCGCCGACCUUCUGAUUGGCAAGUCCUAGGCUCUGUGGUUUAACCCACAGCGCCACCUAUGUCCCGUUGCAACCAUAUUAGGCAGUCUCUUAAAGCAGUUUAGGACAGAGAAGCCUAGUAUAGGAUCAGUAUGUAUAAAAAUUCACUCAGGUAUUAUUUUAAAUGUGCUUGUGGUAUUACUGCCAUGUAGAAAAUUCUGUUGUUUAGCCUAUUCUACCCAUAGGUUUUUAUUUAUUAAAUCCUUCUGAAUUAGCCACCUGAAAUAUUUUUUGCAGUUCAGGUUGUUAAAAGACUUGGAUCAAAAUUCCCUUUGGUUUAAGGUAAAAGAGAGAAUAGUUUGAAAUAGUUUUCAGUAUAGUUGGACUUCUUAACAAAAUAAAAAUUGGAUUGAGAGUUUGGGUUUGCUGUUGUGGAGAAAAAAGUUGCUAUUAGGCACGUGGUAAAAUCACGUAAGUUAACUGAAUUGUUGUAUGUAAUAAUUUGAGAACCUGUGCAUGUGUGCAUUUUGAUGUUCUGCUGUUAUUAUUUUGGGAACUUUUCCAUUAAAGUAAUUUGAGUGAGCAAUGUGUAAAAAGGAGACUUGUUUCUAAAUUCUUUCUCAUUUUUUUAGUUUACCUUUAAGAAAACAGAGACUUGCAAGCAUGUUUGUACAAAAGAAUAUGAUUUGAAAAACCCAGAUCACAAGCAAAAACUAGAUUUUCUGAAAAAGAGUAUGCUACUGAACUAUCAGCAUCAUUGGUAGGUUCAUGUUUAACUUUUAACCAAUUGCUUACUUUUAGUAGAAAAUAUAGAAUUGUGGUAGCUUAUGAUGAGAAAUAUGGGACAUUCGUGGAAAGAAAUGUAAUGUUUUCUUCCAUUUAAUACAACAUAGUUAUAAUUUCUUAUUUCUGUUUAAAAAAUAAAAGUAUGGAUCUACUGGAACAGCAAUUAGAUAUCCUUUUGUGCAUUAAAAACUAUAGAGGCAAAUGGUGAUAGUGCGAAUCAUCUGGAGCCGAUUUGGGGAGGCAUUCAAGAGAAACAGAGAAUCUAUUCCCCAAGCAGUAUCCAUUAGUUAUCACCUAAACAUUACUACCAGCAUGAGUUUGACCAAACUGCAGGAGGCAGUGGAAGACAGGAGUGCCUGGCGUGCUCUGGGCCAUGGGCUCACGAAGAGUCGGACACAACUAAACGACUAAACAACAACAAACAUUACUAUUACUAACAUUGUUAGUGAAUCUAUAUUUUGCCUUGACAGGUAAAGUUCUUCUCAAAAUUUAUGGCUGUGGUACAUCUUUAAUGAUACAGGCUUCAUCUGAAAAUACUGUAUUACUUAUUCAUUUUAUAGGAUUGUGGAUAAUAUGCCAGUAACUUGGUGUUAUGAUGUGGAAGAUAACCAAAGGUUCUGCAAUCCUGGAUUUCCCAUUGGUUGUUACUUAACAGAAGAUGGACAUCCCAAAGAUGCCUGUGUUAUCAAUGUAUGUAUAAAUAAAUUUUAAAUAAUGCGUGCAAGAUUACUAUGCUGCUUGAUUCCCCUCCCUCUAAAUUUUUGCUGUUAUCAGUGUAAGUAUACUAUUUUUAGGAGCCUGCAUUGACACCAUUGCAAUGACUGAGUUAUCAUGGAGGAGUAGAAGGAAGGAGGCGUAGAUGGACAAAGGCUAUUUCUAAUAACAAUAGGCAGCUAAUCUGCUUUCUAUUGUGCUUCUCAGCCUGACAUCUUCCUCCCAUAUCCUAAGUCUGCUCCAUGAAACCAUUAAUUUCCACACCUUAUGCCUUCCCCUUUUAUUAAAGCAGUUGGUGUUAGAACAGCAUAAAAAUAACAUAGAAAUGAAUUGUUGCAUGAAAGAAAAAUUGGAUGGAUAACAGGUAAUGUUAUCCGUUAGUGAUUCUGGUGAACCAGUUUGAAUUUUCAAACUAAUUUGCAGUCUCUGCGUGGAGGAGAAUUUGUUUCUGAAAGACAGAAUAUAUUUCUUUGGAAUUGGAUUUCAGCUCCCAGUUGUUGUUGUUGUUGUUGUUCCUGAAAGUUUGGCUGUUGGGAUAUUCCCAGCAUCCAUGAUUCUGUAUACAAAAGUCAGCUUAGUUCAUAAAUUAGCAUUAAUGGUAAAUUGUAAUGCUGUUUAUUGUACUGCAAGGAGACUUAAUUUCUUAAACCUGAGAAAUGGGAUCAAUUUUUACGGAAUCUUAUGAAAUGGCUUUUCACAGUUACCUCAUUUUUAUGUAUAGUAUGAGAAUGCAGGAAGCAAACAGUGGACUGAUGUGUUCCCCUUCUGUGGAACUAUAAAAGGAGUUUGGAAGCUUUUACUUCCAUUUUAGAUGUAGUGCAGCUUGUUGUGAUUUUCAAACCAAAAUAAAAUGUGGUUAAUCUUAUCUGUGGUUUGUUGAAACAAGCGGCAUAUAAAUUUUAAUAAUAACGAUGAUGAUGAUGAUGAUGAAGAAGGGGAGGGGAGGUAUUUUAUAGCCAGUUGUGCGCUGCUCCAUCCACCUAUUUGAUUAAGUUUUUUCUACAUAUUUUUUUCUGUAGUCUGAGUUCCAUGAACACGACACCUUCUACAUAUUCAACCAUGUGGACAUCAAAAUAGCCUACCACAUGGUAGAAAAUGAAGCUCCCAGCGCAAGACUAGUAGCUGCUAAACUUGAACCAAAAAGGUGAGCCUUUAGUUUUAUUACUAGAUCUGCAUGGCAUCUUGGCAAUGUUAUAACUUGGUUUGAAAGAUAUAAGGGAAUUUAACAUGCUCCUCACAGUGGACUUCAUGUUAAGUGGAAGAUAUAGGAGUGGGAGGGAGAGAACACUUUAGAGUUUUCAUUCUUGAUAGGAAAAAUAAUACUGGACAAGUAUAUACGAUACUAGUUAGUAAACAUUGCUACCAUUGUGAUCCCAUUUAUAUAGGCCCAGUUCACACAUAACACAAACUGCACCGUAGUUACAAUUUAAUCAUGGCUUUGUUGCCCCAAAGUUCAAGAGUCACUCCUCUCCUGCUUAUUCCUAGUAGAAGAGAUACCAUGCCAUUAUGUGCAAACCAGCACUUGAGGUUUGUUUCUCUCCUAAAAAACAGACCUUGCCUUGCCAGCAUGGUUUGUUAGGGGGGAAAGCCAAACCGUGAGUGCUGGUUCACACAUAACAUCAAGUCAGUCUCUGGUUUGGUACAGCCCUAAUUUGUUAAAUGAAGAAGUGGGGAAGGAGCACUGUGGGGACCUUUGAGCAAUGUGCACUUUAAGCCAUUUCUUAAUUCAAACUAUGAUUUAAAGCAGGGGGGCUAGUCCCUUUCAGGCCACCAAAUACCCUCCUCCUAGUUUGGUUAUUUAAAAUCUGCUGCCAGAACGACUGCAUUUUGCACUCAAAUCUAUUGUCUUUGGUUUUUUAAACAGUUACAAGCACACUAAUCCUGACAGCCCAGACUGCACGGGACCACCUAUGGAUUUAAGUAACAAGCUUGCUUCUGGAACUGUCAAAAUUCCCUACACAUAUUCAGUUACUUUUGAGGUUGGUAUUCUUGUUGGCUUUUCCCAUUUCUUUUCCUGGAGAGGGCAUGAUUUGGAAAGUACCGUAUUUUUUGCUCUAUAAGACUUCACUUUUUCCCUCCUAAAAAGUAAGGGGAAAUGUGUGUACGUCUUAUGGAGCGAAUGCAGGCUGCACAGCUAUCACAGAAGCCAGAACAGCAAGAGGGAUUGCUGCUUUCACUGCGCAGCGAUCCCUCUUGCUGUUCUGGCUUCUGAGAUUCAGAAUAUUUUUUUUCUUGUUUUCCUCCUCCAAAAACUAGGUGCGUCUUGUGGUUUGGUGCGUCUUAUAGAGCGAAAAAUACGGUACUUUCUGAGGUUUUAAAAUAACACUCUGUUGGUGAUUCUUAUACCAGAAAUUCAUAGCAGAGUUGGAACGGACCAUGAGGGUCAUCCUGUCCAAUUCCCUGCCAUGCAAGAAUCUUUUUCCCAACAUGGGGCUGAGAUUAAGAGUCUUGUGCUCUACUGACUGAGCUGUCUUAGGUGAAUUUUAAAAAGUGGCAUUAUGAAAUACUAAUGAAAUCCUAGUAAACGUCUUAAGAAAGGCGAUUCAUCUAAACUUUUUUAUUGCAUUAUUCUAGGCUAACUAGGGAAAUAACUUUUGUAGAAAAUGUCAUAGAUGUUACUCAGUUAAAAUUCUUUGGAAUCCUAAUAAAGGAAGACAGCCAAUGAUGGCCACUUGCCUGAGCGACAGAAAUCUGCUUGCCUUCCAGAGUAGCUUUUGCAAGUGUGCCAGGGAGCCAUAGUGGUAGGAGAGGAAGAAGUCCCACUGGGUGAGCAGGCCCCUGGUUGCUCUAUAUUGGAUCUACACUAAAAUGGUAUUUGGGACGCGGGUGGCACUGUGGGUUAAACCACAGAGCCUAGGACUUGCUGAUCAGAAGGUCGGCAGUUCAAAUCCCCGCGACGGGGUGAGCUCCCGUUGCUCGGUCCCUGCUCCUGCCAACCUAUCAGUUCGAAAGCAUGUCAAGUGCAAGUAGAUAAAUAGGUACCACUCCGGCGGGAAGGUAAACGGUAUUUCCGUGCGCUGCUCUGGGUCGCCAGAAGCGGCUUAGUCCUGCUGGCCACAUGACCCGGAAGCUGUACGCCGGCUCCCUCGGGCCAAUAAAGCGAGAUGAGCGCCGCAACCCCAGAGUCGGUCAUGACUGGACCUAAUGGUCAGGGGUCCCUUUACCUUACAGCUUAAUGCUAUACAUGUUUACUCAAGAAGUGAGUUCCACUGUGGUCAGUGAAACUUACUUCUAGGCAAGCACAUAGCUCAGAUGGUUAGGACACACUGCUGAUAAUGCCAAGGUUGCAGGUUCGAAUCCUGUAUGGGACAGCUGCAUAUUCCUGCACUGCAGGGGUUUGGACUAGAUGAUCCUUAGGAUCCCUUCCAUCUCUACAAUUCUAUGAUUCUAUGUAGAGGAUUGCAGCUUCAGUGAGAAGUCUCUAUGCAGAAUAUAGCCUUCAAGAAGUAUAGAGGCAAUUGUAGCAGCUUGCCACCUUUUAUUUGUUCAUUAUCAUGUCUGAUAUUUUAGUGAAGCAAUUCCUUGCUCAAAAAGAAUACAGUGGUGCCUCGCAAGACGAAAUUAAUCCGUUCCGCGAGUCUCUUCGUCUUGCGGUUUUUUCGUCUUGCGAAGCAUGGCUAUUAGCGGCUUAGCGGCUAUUAGCGGCUUAGCGGCUAUUAACGGCUUAGCGGCUAUUAGCGGCUUAGCUGCUUUAAGAAAAAGGAAACAAACUCGCAAGAACUCGCAAGACGUUCCGUCUUGCGAAGCAAGCCCAUAGGGAAAUUCGUCUUGCGGAACGACUCAAAAAACGCAAAACCCUUUCGUCUAGUGAGUUUUUCGUCUUGCGAGGCAUUCGUCUUGCGGGGCACCACUGUAUGUUUUAGCUGACAUUCUUGACAUCUGAUCUUGAACGUGAGAGAUGUCGCAUGGUGAGUUAGAAAUCCACAAUUCAAAUAUUGUGUCUGUCAUGAACUCACUUGAUAAACUUUUAAGUAAGGCACUCAACGCCUUAGUUGUGCUUCCUCAGCAAUGUGGUGGGUCAUAAUACUGAUUUAACUUACAGGGCUUGCUGUAAGGAUUAUAACAAGAUAAUGAGCAUAUUGUGAGCCUCUUUGAAGACUUAAAAGUAUUCUAUAAAUAUUGAAUAUUAUGACGAAAAUCAUAACAAUGUUGGUUGCCAGGAAUCCUAGUGAUUUCUCGGUUCCACUGAAAAUAGUGAUAAAAUUCUCAUUAGUAUCUAUGUAAAUAACAUCAGAAGAAAAUAAGUUGUUCAUGAUCCCCAAGAAUUAUUUAUGCAUUAUAUAUAUAUAUAUAUAUAUAUUAGUGGUUAUGUUGCCAUUCUCAGUAUAAAAACUUGGCAAGUUUGUUAUAAUUUUCUUUCAGUUGUAUGACAUCUAAAAAUUAACCUUUUUCUCUUCAGAAAAAUGAUGAAAUCAGGUGGGCCUCCAGGUGGGAUUAUAUUUUAGAAUCCAUGCCUCACACACAUAUACAAUGGUUUAGGUAAGGGAAAUGUUUUCAUUUUGUAAUUCAACAUAUUGGAGCACUUUUUUUGGUAAAAAAGAUAAUGGUUUGACAACUGCCCAUCAUGUUUCCUUGUAGCAUUAUGAAUUCUCUUGUGAUUGUCCUUUUCCUGUCUGGGAUGGUUGCUAUGAUCAUGCUAAGAACUUUGCAUAAAGACAUUGCAAGAUAUAAUCAGAUGGAUUCUACUGUAAGUAUAAGUUUUUUUUAAAACAAGUUGGAAAAGAAAUGCUUUAAAUUUUUCAGAUCUCUAAUACAUCAUUUUUUUGUGAUGCCUUCUAAAUAUUCAUGUUUAGAAAUGUUGUGAAUGUCUUUGCCUCAGUCAUGUUCUGAUAAGCACAUUGGCAACCUAACUCUUUAUCUGUAUUAUGCCCAAAUAGCUUUUAUGUAUAUUCAUUUUAUUAGAAUGUUUAUAUGCUACCCUUCAAGUAUAAAUACACCAUUCAUUGUGGCUUACAGAAAAAAACCCCAGCUGAUUUUGCAACUGUAUUGCAACUGAUAUAAACAUACUCCUUUUGCAACAAUAGUUACUGACAAAAUUUUGUGUUAGGACAUCGUAGCGUAUAAUAUUGUCAAAAGGAAAGGUGGAACACAGUCUGUUCUGUGAAAAUAAUACAUAUUAAUAGGGAUGCUUUUUACAUCAUACUCAAGAGUAGAUCCAUUGAACUCAAUGGGCAUAAAUAACAAGACCAUUGGUUUCAUUAGAUCUAGUCUGAGUAUGAUUAAUCUUGGAUAUCACAGGCAUCUUGAAUACCUGAAGGAUUUACCAUUGAGACAGUUAACUAAUAAGAGGCCUUCCCAGUUGCAAUAACUGCAGCCCACAGGGGAUCUGAAUUGUGAGCCUUCUUAUAUGUUUUCCAUAAGGUAAUGCUGGGCACAGAUGCUAUCCCCCCAAAGGUUACCCCAAACAGACCAAGGGGAGCUGGAUGAUUACCAUGAUUUUGCUUACUUCUUUUGAUGAAUGAUGUAUCCCAGGCUUCCUCAACCUUGGCCCUCCAAAUGUUUUUGCCCUACAACUCCCAUGAUCCCUAGCUAGCAGGACCAGUGGUCAGGGAUGAUGGGAAUUAUAGCCUCAAAACAUCUGGAGGGCCGAGGUUGAGGAAGCCUGAUGUAUCCCAUGAAUUACCCUGCCAAGAAUAGUGAGAUUUUCAGAUUGUCAUCCCAGCACACACUGGAUUUCUUCCUGUUGGGGAGUGACUUUGUCUACAAAUGAUUGCAUGACUCAGGGCAUUCUUGCUUCAGCUUGGCCAGGGACAGAACUGGGGAGAAGCCUCGUAGACCAUAGACACCCCCAACAAGAACCUUCACACUAAGUGUCCAACUUUACUAUGUCCCAAAAGGUUGAAAGAACAAAGUUCUGAGGUCUCAUUUGUAUGUUACUCGUUGGUUUCCGAGUUAUAAAGUUUGAAUGUUUGGUGUUGUGUGAUAUUUCAGUAUUUUAUCUAAACCAUACGCAGAGUUUGUAAAUUUGGAGGGAUGAAGUUAGAGAUAUAUAUAUAUAUUUGUGUGUAUAAACCCCUCAACUGGCUUAUUAAUUUUCAGGAAGAUGCUCAGGAAGAAUUUGGUUGGAAACUGGUUCAUGGUGACAUAUUUAGGCCUCCAAGAAAAGGAAUGCUACUCUCAGUGUUUCUGGGCUCUGGAACACAGAUUUUAAUUAUGACUUUUGUUACUCUAUGUAAGUAUAAAGUAAUGGGAUACAUGGGUGAAGCAGUGCCCCUUAAUUCUAAAAGCUCUUCUGCCUAACCUUGGUUAGAUAAUCAACAACACGCAAUGUGCUUGUUCUCUCCUUGUCCUUCCCUUGCUUGCAUGUAUCUACCUUACCCUUCCUGGUUUGAGGCAUGUUUGCUGGUGCUGGAUGUUCAUAAGGUCCUCAAAACAUACAUAAACACACAUAGGAGAUUUGACUCUCAAACUGCUUUGAUGCUGAGAGCUAGAGUGGUGAACUGAUCAGGACCCAGAAGACUAGGGUUCAUGCAAAUGCCCACUCAGCCAUGAAGCUCUUUGGCCGACCAUCAGUCAAGUCACAUGUUUUGACCUAAUACAUAUCACAUGAGAAUAAAAUGUGGAGGAAACCACGUAUACCACCUUAAGCUCUUUGUAGGAAACAUGGAAUCUAAAUGUAAAAAUAAAAUAAUAAGAAUUCUGGUUGGUAACUACUACUGCUAUUACUGUUAUUAUCCUUAUUAUUAUUAUUAAAUUAAAUUUGAAUGCCGCCAUAUACCCACAGGUCUCAGGGCAGUUUGCAACAUAAAAUCACAAUAUCAAAACACAAAACACAUGAUAAAAAUAAAAACAACCCAAUAAUACCCCCUCCAUAACACAUUUUAACACAUUUUAUGCCAGUAUACACAUAGUGCUAUUGUAGUGGGUUCCAAAAGUGAAAAUGGAUGUUGUAGGAGCCAGCAGGAAGUUCACAGAGAUGAUUUGCAGUAUUCUUCAGGUUACUUGAACUGUGGAUAGAUGAUAAGAUCAGGGAGCAUUACGUCUGCACAAAUCCUAAAUAUAUUGAAUUUCACAAAGUAAUAAAUCUGAAACCUCUGGAAAAAAGGGGAAAAUAUACUAUUGUGCCACCACUCCUAGGCACUGUGCACAACAGAUGUGAAUAAGGUAGUCUACAUGAGAAGCACACAUAUCUUUAAGAGGCCUCUAAAUAUUGUGUAUUUCCUUUUUCAGUUUUUGCUUGCCUUGGGUUUUUGUCACCUGCAAAUCGGGGGGCAUUAAUGACCUGUGCUGUGGUCCUGUGGGUGCUGCUUGGAACCCCAGCAGGUUACGUUGCUGCCAGAUUCUACAAAUGUAAGUACAAAAGUUCAUUUAACGUGACAGCACUUAAGUUCAUUAGUCUAAAUUAUCAUCACAGCAGUGAUUUCCCCUCUGAUCCUGUUUGCCCUCUGGGCAAGAUGGAAAAAUGUUUUAAGACUGAAGAGAGACUACAUGCAGGUUUAGAUUGUUCUCAAGCUAGCAAACUUUCAAGUUGGAUAUUCUUUUAUUGUAUUAACUCUAACGUCAAUUGUUCUUACUUGGAUCUGCUUGCAGGGGAAGAGGUAACUGACAUACUGUUAUGGAAAUCAGACUGUCAGUGGCUUUUGAAAUUGCAUUUUGUUUGACAUAUGAAGUUUGAUCCAGCUUUUGUCUGCUUUGGUCUAUAUGUAUUUGAAAGGGAGAUAAAACAAAAGUUAAACCUAUAACUGCUUUACUGAGCUUCUCAAUCAGUGUUCACUUUUAGUAUAAUGCAGUACGGUGUGUUGAAUCAGUCUAAUUUUUCAAAAUUUUGUUUUAAUAAAGAUGAAAAAACAAAUAACAAAACUGAACUUUAAGUUCAAGUGCCUGUCUAAACUGUUCUAAUAAAUAGGGAAUUAUGUUUGUACAGUACCUGUCAUUUAAUUGGUGCUGUUUGGGUUUCUUUUCAUACAGCAUUUGGGGGUGAAAAAUGGAAGACAAAUGUUCUGCUGACAGCCUUCCUUUGCCCUGGGUAAGUUAAUUCCUAUGAUUACUAUUAAAAUAGGUAUAUGAGAAGCUUGGCUAAAACUGGUGAGUCUUCAGCAACAUAAGUAAAACACAGCAACAUCAUUGCAUGUCAGAGCUAUGCACAGUUCGUGCCCUUUUUUGGUUUUUUUGUAAACCUUGUUUCCUUCUGCCACAUGAAAAAAGUCGAUUAAGCAGUCCCAGCAUGACAGAAGUACUUUUUAAAAAGACAGGGGUUCUCUUCAUUGAUUCUUUAUUUUACUCCUUGGGCUGCUUCUCAGACCACACUGCAUCUGUGGUGUCAUAUACUAUACAAUGCCUAUGUCAAAUCUUUCUGCUUAAUCACAGCAAGCAGUCAUCCCCUGAAGUGGAGCUAAGACAGACAUAUAUUUGGAGCUAUUUAACUGAAACGUCAACUCCUGCUGGAGUUCAGUCCUGUUAGAUUAAGGAAGAAAGGCUUGCUUGACCUCUUUGCCUGAUAUUUUCUACAUGCCACCUGGGCUCAACGUUAAGCUAGACAUAUAGUGAUAUGAUUUCAAUAACAUUGAAAUUAAUCAAGUGUGAGUUAAUUGUUAAAUCUCGUUUCUCUCUUAGCAUUGUGUUUGCCGAUUUCUUCAUCAUGAAUCUGAUUCUCUGGGGAGAACAUUCCUCUGCAGCCAUUCCAUUUGGUACUUUGGUUGCCGUUCUAGCCCUCUGGUUUUGCAUAUCUGUACCACUGACGUUCAUUGGGGCCUACUUUGGUUUCAAGAAGAAUGUAAGUUCUUUGUCUUUCUGAUCUUAACAUGUUUUACUCACCUUCUCUGCACACAUAUCUCGUACCUUUUGAACUGCCUGAAAACAAAUGGUGGGUCAAGUCCUUUAGAAGGCUGUGGAUUUUGGGGUCUUGCCUGACUUCAGUGAUUGAGUUGUGUAUAUAUAAAGCAUGGUCAAACAACAGGAUUCAAAGCAAAGAAAACCAUUCUGAAUGUGGUAGACCUCGUUAGAUGAGAUUUAGCUUGGAUUUCCUUUAUUGUGCUAGAAAGCCAUAGGAUUGUAAAUUCUUUUGACUAAGUACUUCCUUCUGUUUGUGGUGUUUAGUAUAAUUUAGAUUAUUUAGAAAGUCUCUUCCCCACCCUUGUUUAUAUCUUUUAAAGGCCAUAGAACAUCCAGUUCGUACUAAUCAGAUUCCUCGUCAGAUUCCUGAACAGUCAUUUUACACGCAGCCAUUACCUGGUAUCAUUAUGGGAGGCAUUCUGCCCUUCGGAUGCAUCUUCAUACAACUUUUCUUCAUUCUUAAUAGCAUAUGGUAAGCCAGUACGCUUCUUGAAAAAUGUUUGAUGCCUUCUAAAGUACUUUUUCAACUUGCUGUUUUGUUUUUUUAAAAAAGAGCUUGUAUUUGUUUUUCUGCACUUCUCUCUGCUUUCUUCCAUUAUCAAAGCUUUUGACUGUUCUGCUUUAAUGUCAUAUAAAGCCUGUGUUACGUUUGCAAGUAUGUAGUUGUCUGGCCAUAGGCUUUUGAAACCAUCCAACCAAAAGUUGCCUGAUGCAGGUCUUGGAGUGUCAUGACACCUCUGUCUGACAUUGGUUUUAGUGUUCUUAUGUCACAGAAGGUCUUACCAGUCUUAGGUGAGACAGUUCGUUGGUGGGGAAUCUUUGUCUAUGGCCCUAAAGUCCAUGGGCAACUGUGAGAUGAAUUAAACAUGGGAGUAGUUUUAUGCCAUAAACUCUUAAUGGAUUUGGUUGAGCAGUCUUCAGAUGCUGGAGUUCAACAAUAUUUGCCACUUGUAUGCUAGAAUGGCCAGGUAAACUUCACCAAGACUACUUUUGUUAUGCUUAAACUUCUGUUUUCUAGGUCUCAUCAGAUGUAUUACAUGUUUGGCUUCUUGUUUCUGGUGUUCAUUAUCCUGGUUAUCACGUGUUCUGAGGCUACUAUUCUACUUUGCUAUUUCCACUUGUGUGCGGAGGUAAGCCUACAGAAUUCUUUCUUGCAACAGUCCUGUCUUGGGGGGAUUUAAAUUAUUAGGAAAAAGGAUUCAAUCAAUGACUUGGCUCCUAAGUUGCUAUUCCUUUUACACAACGGUGGAGGGAGAUUUCAUAAAGUGCCUCUGUCCACUUAUGUUUGUAUUGAGGACCAGGGGCAGACUUUGGUAUUAUGGUGCCCGGAGCGAGGCCAAAUUCCCCCCCCCCCAAAAAAACCCCACCUUGAGUAGGUACCCAUAUAAAUACAGUGGUACCUUGGACGUUGAACAGAAUUCGUUCCGGAAGUGCAUUUGACUUCCAAAAUGUUCAGAAGCCAAGGCGCGGCUUCCUGUUGGCUGCAGGAAGCUCCUGCAGCCAAUCAGAAGCUAGGUCAGCCACGUCAGACGUUUGGGUUCCAAAGAAAGUUUGCAAACCGAAACACUCACUUCCGGGUUUGCGGCAUUCGGGAGCCAAACCGUUUAACUCGCAAGAUGUUUGGGAUCCAACGUACGACUGUAUAGGAAUCAUCAUCAUCAUCAUCAUCAUAUCAUCCACCCCCAUUUUUUGCUCAACCUUAUUUUUAAGUUCCUUAAUUUUUACUUCAUGUUUUAGGGACAGCAUAGGGUAUACUCCAGAUUUGUGUAUUGACUCAAAUAUAAUAGAUCGUGUAAUAACUGCUAAAACUUGCUGGGGCCGAGAAAUGUAAAAUAUAUGGCCCUUUUAAGAUGGGUUGUGCAUUCUAAUCUGUAUUUAUUGCUUGCUUACACCUGCCAUUUUCAUUGCUGGCUGUUUAGAGAAGACAUCCUAUGAGGCAACCUAAGCAUCUUUUAAAAUAAAUCAAAUGUUUGUACCUUCAAAUAUUUUGAAUCGUUUUAACCCGAUUAGGUGACGGUCUCCAUCAAUUUCCCAACAGGUUGUCUUUAAAAUCGUAUCAGCUGCUGGGGUCAAGUGCGUCUUCUUUUUUUCUUUUUAAAGACAGCUUUGUCCUCUCUGACACUAAAACUUUCCAUGGUGUGAUUGACAGAUACAGUAAAUGGAGCCUUGCUGCUGAUCACCAAAAGAACCUAGCUGUGGAAUAUUACCAAAAACAGGCUCCAUGGUUUCAAUUGGUUUUCUUAAUGCUAAUCCCAUUUUACAUUUCAAGUGAAUCUGUACUUGGACUGCAGUACAUACCUGCUGUGUUAGAGAUAGGAAGGUGGGGGUGGAAAUCCUCUACACCCACCUUUACAUGCCUGGCACUGGGCACUGUCCUAGAACAUUUGUGGUAUCUGCUCCAAAAUGCAGGUCCUCCAAAUGUCAGCUUAGAAUGUGUUUGCUCCCUUCAGAAGGGCAUCCCUGUAGUAUUUUAUUUGAAUAAGUUAUUGAUUCGCAAAUGGUCUCUUUCUACACAAUCAAUUGCCAGUAGCUCAUCUUAGAAAAUUAUUAAAACCUUAUAAAGGGUCAUCAUUAUUAGAUAUGAAAUAUAUAGUCUAUGUUGCUUUGGUUUGCAAAUAUUCUCAUGCACGUAAGUUGAUUGAUUGUAGCCCGGAAGGUCUACAAGUAUUUAGCAGGUUUUUCAACCAUUUCUCUCUUUGUUCUAGGAUUAUCACUGGCAGUGGCGCUCAUUUCUCACCAGUGGCUUUACCGCUGUUUAUUUUCUAAUAUACGCAGUGCACUACUUCUUUUCCAAACUUCAAAUUACGGGUACAGCAAGCACCAUUUUAUACUUUGGUUACACUAUGAUAAUGGUACUGAUCUUCUUCCUUUUCACAGGUAAAUAUGAAUAUAUUUUUUGGUACUGAGACUUCAUGUUAGAGUUCUUCUGGGGUGCUUCACACAAUACAGUUUAAGAGUUCUAGAGCCAUGUGCAAACUUUUUUCAUACUAAUGUUUGACGGACAUCCCUAUGGUUGCUUGUUUAAAAAACAAACAAACUUGUGUGCCUGUCUAUUUUAAUGUGGACUAUGGACCUCAAGUUGUCGUGACAUAAAGGUGGGAUGUUUAACUGUAGCCAGGACAUCUUUAUGUUCAUUUCCCUGCUCCUCUGCUUUCUACCUGCAUCUCUGGCUGCUGAACGUUGGCAGUCAUCUGUAUAAUUCCUAAACACAGUUAGGGGCCAUUUCAGAAUUUGAUUGAAAAUGCAAAAUACAAACCCUUCCGCUUUUUAAUCUGUAUUGUUGCAUGCUUGCAUUUGUUUACCUAUUAAGGACUGUUAGAAGUUUUAUACAGAGAGAGCUGUACUAUUUGGAGAACAUUCUUCUCCACUUGUAAGGGUUUAGAGAAAAGGCGUCAAAACCUUGAUGGCUAUAAAAUAUAAGAAGUUAAUUAGAUACCAUUUUAGUAUCUUAAAUGAUUUUUUAAUUUUUUUGCACAAGUUACUGUUGCUUUCUGGAAUAGUUUUUGUAGCGUUUUCCAGUUUUAUAUGCCGAUAACUGUGCAUUGGGAUUCUUCUCCCUCCCCCCUCCCCCCAGAAGCUGUUUACAAGAAAAAAGAGGCUGUGUAUUAAGGGAUACGUACAUAGUAAAUUUCAUUAAGCUUGGAUGAGAUCAUUCUAGCAAGUGAUCAGAAUUACACACACAAGCCCCGAAGGCAUCUAGCUUCCUGUGUCAAGAUGAUAUAAAAGCUAAAAAGAGAAACUCAUAAUUGUUGCAUCAAAACUAUUAUAUUGCUGCUUACUCAUCUGUUAAAAAUGGUCAGCCUCAAGAAGGGUUCUGACGGUGCCCUGCUGCUGUGACGGUGUAGCACAUGCUUGGGGCACUUGCUUCUCACACUGCAUUCCGGGUCAUUGAUCAGACACAGCAGGCAAAAUACUGGGAGCUAUGUGACAAAUCUGACUUACAGCUGGGCCCACAAUACUGUAUCGGAGUAAAUGAGUCAGUUAAACAUCAGUGGCUUAGCUACUAUGGAAAAAAAUAAUACGAUAUCAUUCACAGUUCUUGCUGAAUUUUUCCAUCAUGAAUGAACCAUUGCUAAAUCUUCAUUCUUCACUGCAAACACACACACAUACAUAACUUUGAAUUAGAACCUGACGCAUAAACAUAGAAAAGUUUUGCAACAUGUAAAGGAACAAUACCUAUCUUCCGUCAUCUAAAGUUGCAAAAACUUAAAUUCACACUCAUUAAUUCUCAGUUACAUGAAACACAGACUUCAAGUGACAUUUUUUAAAAAGUCCAUUUGUACAUACUUUUUGUGAAUAAUCAAUGUGCAUAAAAUCAAUGUGCCAUUGUCAAGCAGGUUUCGACUGCUCAGGAACUUACAUAUUCAAAGGGCUGUAAAAGCAGUAGUCUCUGUUGGUUUAUUGGAGCACAUGGUUAUCUUCCAGCCAUGAACAGACUUACCAAAUGUUCCACUCUCCAAUAUCCUUCAGCUACCCUGGAUUCUAAAUCAGCCAAAAAUUAUGAAGUCAAAUAGUCUGGUUGGUUGUGCUUUUCAGCAUCAAAACUAUGCCAUGUUGUGCUCCAAGUGCUGGUAUCCGGUCCUGUCCUGAGAGGCAACCUUCCAUAAAAGGGCAACCUUCUGUAAAAAAGGUCAAUACCUUUGAGGUUUCCUCCCUAAAAAAAAGGUCAACAACUCUGGGCAACUAUAGUCCGGCCCCCAACAGUGCCUGAGGGACAGUGAACUGGCCUCCUGUUUAAAAAGUUUGCGGACCCCUGUGUUACAGUAUCUAACAGAAAUGAAAACUCAUCCUUGGUAUAUGUGGUUUCCACACUUUCUCCAGGCCACAUGGAUCCUUUGCUCAUUUGCAUUUUUGUGCUUCCUGCAUAAACAGCUGUGUUGCAUCAACACAACCCUAUUUUGCAAUACACAAUACCUUCUCUUUCAGGCACAGAAGCUUCUUGUUUCAAUGUCUUAACGGCGUGGAGCCUGUGCCGCCCGCCAUUUUGUCACCCCACCCCACCAGGCUGGCACUGUUCCCCCAGGGAGCCCCCCCAGGCUGCACACCGCUCCCCAAGCACCCACCUUCCUACACCGCGCCAGGUUUACCUGGCCCACAUACCAUAGUUUGAGGAUCCCUGCUGUAACAGAUCCAUUGAUGUUUAUUCUGCCAAUUUAAAAUUCACGUUCUGUUUUGUAGGAACAAUUGGAUUCUUCGCAUGCUUCUGGUUUGUGACCAAAAUAUACAGCGUUGUAAAAGUGGAUUGAAGAAACUGUCAAAUAUAGGAGCCAUCAUCCUAAUAUAAUGAUACGCUUCUGAAGAAGAAUUUAAGCUUUAUCUGAAGUAUUGACUUCUGUACCUUGUGAAUGAUACUGAAUAUACAUUUUGCCCACCCAAAACAUUUGUAUUAUAACUUUGCAAUUUGUUUUCACUUGGGUGUUCUUACUGAAGGUUGAAGUUAAAUAUUGUAUGCGUUUGUAAAUGUUGCUUAUAGUAGAACUUUUAAAUUCUAAAUGACUGGCUAGAAGUGAGUACAUUACAGAAUUUUUAAUGAUACUUCUAAAUAAAUAACGGGUGUAAAUACAGUUUUCUAGGCUUGUUGAGUGGGGUUAAUUAUCCCCCUGCCCCAGUGAAAUAACUUCUUUCUAUCAUGACUUGGAAGGUUGACUCGUGUGUUGCUUUUGAUUUUUUUCCCCUGAUUUUUUUUUAUAUUGGAGUUAUGGCCAUAAAUCCACCUCACUUUUUCUGUGACUUCAUUAGGUUCCAGUGUUGUUGGCCUUUGGAACCAUGUGCCUCUUGAGUCUUGGGAAUCUAUCCAUUCAUAAUUGUAAUAAUUACUAUCAACAUUUUCAGUGGAUCAUCACAUAUUAUAAAUAAACCCAUGAAAUUUUGUAAAUACAGAUAUAUUGAUAUGUUUUAAAAAUAUGUAGAUUAUAUUUGUUAAAUUCUAGGUUGGUUUACCCUUUUUUUUUUUUUUUUGUUAAUCUGCUCUACCCUAUAUAGAUGUAACUGUUCAUAACUGCACUACACUGUCAGUUCUAAUCCGCUAGCGUAACUAGAUUAAGAGACUGGAUAAUAUGUUGAGAAGAUCUGCAUACAGAGAAGGAAGACGCACUGUCAAGUGUGCUCACAACAGAUUUUAAUGAUUCAUAUUAUGUAGAAUUGAUUGGGGAGGGGUUGAACAUACACAAGCAGAAAUGCUGUUUGUCUUGUAUUAAUAGAAUGGCUCAAUUUGCUAGAUGUGGAAUUGACAUUAACCCAUAUGCAUCCUUGGAAAAAAGCAAUGGAAACAUGUUUAUCAUGUUGAGUUGGUUUGAGUUUACGUUAAUGCCUGCAUGUCUCCCACAAGAGCAUAUCUGCAACCAAGUUAAACUGCAUGUUUUGGGCUCAGACAUUCUGAUUGGAGAAAAGAACCUAUGUUUUUUCUAAUACGUUCUUUCUAAAGAUCAUAAACUAAUGCUUGAAUAUUAAAAUCCAAUAAAAGUAUCUUUUGUUAAUAACUUUUGAAUUUGGUCUUGUAAUCUAGCAUUACAACUCUGUAAUUAAACUUGGUAUGUUACAAAAAGCAAAAAAGAAAACAUGCAGCAAAUGUAUAUUCUGGUUUAGGGAACAGCAAAUCUCAUACUUUGCUCUAUAGUGUAGGACUGUUGUGGAGGGUUCCCUCCCUUCCUUUAAGACUUAAUUGAUGGGGAAAGUGUGAACCACUCUUUCAUUUAUGUGGCAGUUUGUUUUUAUCUUGCUUUUUGGUUUCGACCAAACUGGUAAAAUGACUUUUGAUAAAAAUAGUAUACAAGUUAAACUCAAACCACCAAAAAAUCCCACUGGCCAAGCAGUAUCAAACUUCGGUCAAAUACCAAAAGUCUGUCCUAAAACCUAAUCCAGGCUUCCUCAGACUUGGCCCUCCAGAUGUUUUGAGACUAUAAUUCCCAUCAUCCCUGACCCCUGCUCCUGCUAGCUAAGGAUCAUGGGAGUUGUAGGCCAAAAACAUCUGGUGGGCCAAGUUUGAGGAAGCCUGACGUAACCAAACAUAGUUUGACCAUGUUCAUGAAUGCAAUGCGAAGACCUGGUAGGCUACCCUAGGGAAGGUAUUCCAAAAGAACACCCGGCUUCUCUGUUGCUGCCCCCAACUGAUUGUUCUGUUCUAUCAGUAUCUUGCUAUGCUUAAAAUUCUAUCCAUUUCAUAGCUGCAUCCUUUCCCCAUUUCUGUCCUUUUGCUCCUUCUGUUUGUCUUGUUCCAGCCAUCAUUUUCAUUUCAGGUCUUUGUCCUAUCCUGUCUGAAGAAACCUCCUGACCCUGGGCUCCCUUUGCCUCUUGUGUCUUCCUUGGAAACAUGUUUUUCUCAUGUGCAUUAGAGUCAUGUAAAGUCAGCAUUACCAUGAAGUUGCCAGUUUUAUAAGUUGGAGAUAGAGCUGUGUCACAAGUGAGAAACUAAGCUUUACGUACUUCACAAAUCAGGUUUUCUGAGGUAAAUUCUUCUUUUCCAGAAUAUGACUUCGGUGCACUCUGGGAGGUGAGUUACAUCUCCUUUAAAAGGUAUAACCUGAGUUCGUAGGAGAGAUGGAAAUGAGGGGAGACCUUUGAAAAUUCUGCGGAUCGUUUUGAGAUCUUUUUAGCCACAGAAGUUCUGUUGUAAGAACCCAGCUAUAUAUAUCAGAGGCCUGAACAAAAAUAUUUGAUGAAAAAGCUUUUAAGAAUUAAAGAAAAGUUUUCACCCU